AUGUCCCAACGCCGCGCGGCGAGGCAACGGCUGGCUCUGCUGAAGCGGCGGAUACCGCGCGACGGGUACAUGUGGCUCAAGUACGGGCAGAAGCAGCUCACGGGCGGAACUCACGGCAGGCACUACUACCGCUGUAGUCACUUUCGCCAACCAACCGAGUGUCGCGCGCGUCGCGUGGUCGAUUUCCACAAGCACGACUCCAAGAUCCCGCUCCGAAUCUCCUUCUUCGGCGAACACAACCAUCCGCCGCCGCUUCACCGCCCGCCGCAACCAUUCGCAGCACCGCCUCAGAACCCUUCUUCCGCCACUGCGCAGCCGGCUUCCGCAGGCGCGACCGUCGCGCAGGCGUCUUCCGCCGCCGCAACCGGCCCCAGAAACAGCCGCCACCCCGCGGAUCGCCUCAGACUCAGCCUGCCCGAUGACGUCAUCGGAUCCGCGCUGGCAGGCGGAGCUUCCGCCGCAUCUGCUGGCGGAGGCGGAAGCGGAACGCAAGCUGCUGCUGCUGGGUUCCAACCUGGAGGCGGAAGCGGCGGGGGAGAGGGGGGGAAUCAGGCGGAAAUUCCUGCAGGCGUCGUUGGAAGGCUGCCUUACAGCCUAGCGGAACUCGAGACCGGCGCUCUUCUCUCCCCCACAUCAGCCAUUGCUGCCGCGUACCCUCACUGCGCCUCCUACCCGUCCUACCGCUCGUCUGCUGCCACGUCACCCUCCAGCAUGACGUCAGCCUCUGGGUCAACGCAGUUCUCUCCACAUGCUACAGGUCCCACAGGACUCACCGGUCACACAGGUCCCACUGGGCACUCAGGAAGCCGGUUUGGCGUGCCAUCCGCGCUGGCCUCCCCUGGCGCAGGUGCGCCUUCCGCCAUUGCAGGGCCCUCCGCCAGUGCGGGGCCGUCCGCGCAGAGCCGGCAGCAGCUGGCAGCAGCAGCCAUUCUCGCGCACCUGCUGGCUGCGCAGGCGCGCCAGGGCGCCUCCCCGAGAACCCCCAACCCCGUGCAUGAAACACACGUGGCAGCAGCAGCAGGAUCGCAGCCCAUGCGUGAAACACAAGGCGGGGCAUUAGCUCCACAUGGCUCUGUGCGUGAGGUGCUAGGGGGAGUGCACGGCCCUCUGUCGGAGUCUCCUGGGGGGCUGCAAAGGCCGCAUGGGGUUCCGCACCAGCAGCGACAGCUUUUGAAUGCGGUUCAGGGCGGUUUGGUCUCCACUCCCCGCCCUGCCCUUUCCUGCCCGCCUGAGGGCCGACACCCUGCUCCUCCGCCGCUGUUCAUUCCCCGCCCUGCCUCCUCCCCAGCUGAGUAUUUCACCGCCUCUGCUGCCAUCUCCUCGCCACGUGGCACGAGCGCCAGCCGCGCUGCCCGCCUCUCCGGCCAUGCUCGCAGCAACAGUGGCAGCUUUGGCGGCCAGCAGCAGCAGCAGCCGCAGCAGCACCAGCAGCAGCAGCAGCAACAGCAGCAGAACCAGAACCAGCAGCAGCAGCAGCAGCAGCAGCAGCCAGCCAGUGUCUCACGGCGUUCCCACGCGCGUACAUUGAGUGCACCACACCCACAGGCGUUGCUGCCCGGUGAAACAGCCAUCAGACCCAGCAGCGGCUCCACAGCCUCCCGUCCGCUUUCGCCUCUUGCCCCCACCUCUUCCUCCAGGCCCCUAUCGCCGCUGUCUCAGCUCAGCACUUUCCGCCUGCCGUCCGCGCACCAGAAGCCUCCAGUGGCACGGAAUAAGAGGUCGGGAGACGCCGCGUCGCAGCAGCAGCUGCUGCCCCCGCCCCGGCGAAUGUCACGGUCGGCAACAGCACCCGCUGCACCCGCUGUGUCUUCUGCGGCUGCUGCAGCAGCAGCAGUAGUAGAAGCAGCAGCAGCAGCAGCAGCCACUGCUGCUUCAGCACCACCACCACUGGCAUCGCCGUCAGACAUGCAUCCUCUACAAGCUCAGGGCAUACAACCAAGGCUUCGGAUUUCCGAGGACAACUCAGGCGCUCUGCGGGUGACGCCCCAGUCGCUAUCAGCCGCCCCUAUGGCCGAUGGCACCUAUGCCAGCGGGUUUGGAUUCGGAAGUGGCACUUUCCAGCUUCCCGAUUCCAGUUUCACUGGCAGUGCCAAUCUGACCGGCAGUGCCAGUUUGAACGCAGAAGCAGCGUUUUCACAGCUCCAGAGGCAGCUGCAGGAGCAGGCCAAAACUGGCAAUCUGUUUGCAUUCGGUAAUGCCUCAACUUCCGCAGCAGUGGGUGGGGUGAGCAGGCAUCAGCGCGCUGCCACAAAUGUGAGCCCCCUUCAGGUGCCUGAGGAGGAUUCAGGGAAAGGGAGGGAAGCUGCUGGGGCUGGGGAGGGUGGUGUGUUCGUGUCGCAGCCAGGAGAGCCGCUUGCGGUCCAAGAAACAGGAGGAGCAGUAGCAGCAGCAGAAGCAGCAGCUCUGUCCAGCUUGCUGCAGCAGGGGGAUUUGACGAAGCUCAUUGAGGCACUGUCACAUGUGAGGGCGAGUGAUGAGCAGGGCGGCGGGCAACCAUGGGUGACCUCUGCAAGAAAUCAGUCCCAGUCAGUGGAUGCUGCCUCAGGACCUGCUUUUCCUCCAAUGGAUACAGGCAGGGCGAAUGGGGCAGGAUCUAGCUGCUUGUUUAAUAAUCAGAUUGGCUCUUACACUGCAGAUGCUGCAGCAGGUGGCGAGGGGAACUUUCGGUUCGCAUCUUCAGACCUGCCGAGUGUCUUUCAACACAGCCCUGAUUCGCUGCAGAAACAGAUACAGGAUGCAAUGGAUCAGCAGGAUUUGGAUGCGGCCGUGCUUGCUGCUGUCACUGCGGGAACCGCAGGAGCAUCUGCAGGUGCAGGUUCUGCCGGGGAGGUUGCUAUGGGCGAGAAUGGGUGUGGUUUUUACGGCAGGGGCCAAGCAGCUUCGCUUUUACAAUCAGGUGGAUUUGGAUGCGAUGUUGGCAGCGGACAGCAGCAGCAGCAUUUGCUCCGUGAUGAGCAGAAUGGAGGCGGUGAGAAUACACUGGCGAUGAUGGCGUUGCUGAGAACCUUGACCGACCCAGAUGACCAGAUGACACUAGAUGGUUGA